UGAUCAAAGUAAUUGUGAAAGUGACCAAGAUGAAAACGAACAAAACGAUGAUAUAGCUGUUCAAGAAAGUUCCAAAAAUAAUUAUGAAAAUGAUCAAAGCGAUCAAAGUUAUCAAGUGGUGUUAUCUUCGAAUCAUGCAGAAAGGCUAAAAAUUACAAAAUCUAAAUCGAGUUUUCAAAAUUCAUGGCUUUCUGAAUUUAAAUGGCUUCAAUAUGAUAAAAUUUCUCAACGGAUGUUUUGUAAAUAUUGA